AUGGGGGACCGACCUCAGGACGCAGGUGUGAGUAGUGGGACAACAACAAAGAAUACCAAAUCGCAAGCGGCAAAUAUCGCAUCGCCUCCAGGUUCCAAAACACCACCCAGUGCCCCGGCAAAGAAGACGAUAUUCUAUCAAGAUAACUUGGGGACUUUUCCUCGUGCGCUGGAGGGGUCAGACCCGGUGGAUGCCGCAGCAUUGACCAGGGCGCUAAAGGAUUAUGAGGAUGCGGGACGACAGAGAGACAGGACACCGGGAGCAAGUCCUUGCCGGAAGAGACAGCGGGUUUAUGGCGAUCGGUUUAUCCCCAACCGUGAGGGACAGGACCUCCAAGCGACGUACAACUUGCUUCAUGAAGACGGGUGUCCGGCAACACCAUCCAAGGUGAAGAGACGGGCACCUAAUCCUGAGCUUCAUUUCCAGAAGAAUUCAGCCGAGGAAGCGAACCGAACGUUCUCUCGCGUGUUGAGAAGUGAGCUGUUCGGGAAUACAGUCCCACAGCCAGAUCUCACUUCAGCUUCAUCGGAUCCUUUAUUAGGAUUCGGCAGUGGCAUUCUUGAUAAAACCCGAUCUCACACCCCACCAGCACUUCUUGCCAACCUUCCACCCGCUAGCAUUACUCCUUCAACCCCUCAUAAGAAUCUCUUCAACUAUGGACCCAGCCGGUCAGCCUCCAACCACCCAACUCCCUCCAAAACUCCUCGAAGCGCCCAUGGACCCAAUCUGGAUGUCCGUUCUGAGCUGUAUAGCUUGUCGCCAAUUCGCUAUGAUAGUCAACGGAUUCUCGAAACCCCACGCAAGCAGCCGCGCUACGUGAAUAAGGUUCCCUACAAGGUCCUGGAUGCGCCGGAUCUGCAGGACGACUUCUACCUGAACCUGGUAGACUGGGGCAGUAGCAAUAUUCUGGGUGUUGGGUUAGCCAAUUCGGUCUACAUGUGGAACUCUCAGUCUGGUCGUGUCACCAAGCUCUGUGAGCUCAAAGACGACACAGUCACUAGCGUGAGCUGGAUUCAGAGGGGUACGCAUCUUGCAAUCGGAACGGGCAAGGGCCUGGUGCAGAUCUGGGACGCUGAGCAUUGUCGACGAUUGCGUACCAUGAUUGGUCACACUAAUCGAGUUGGCGCCCUGGCAUGGAAUGACCAUAUCCUCACAUCUGGCUCUCGCGAUCGUCUCAUCUAUCACCGCGACGUCCGUUCUCCUGAUCAAUACCUUCGCCGCUUGUCUGGUCACAAACAGGAGGUUUGUGGAUUGAAGUGGAACACCGAUGAUGGUCAGUUAGCGUCUGGUGGAAAUGACAACAAACUGAUGGUCUGGGACAAGCUAAGCGAGACUCCUCUUUACCGCUUCUCGGAUCACUCUGCCGCAGUUAAGGCCAUUGCAUGGUCACCCCAUCAACACCACUUACUCGCAUCUGGAGGCGGUACCGCGGAUCGCACGAUCAAGUUCUGGAAUACGUCGACCGGGUCGAUGAUCAAGGAAGUGGACACGGGAAGCCAAGUCUGCAAUCUGUCCUGGUCUAAGAACUCAGACGAGAUUAUCAGCACUCACGGAUACAGUCAAAACCAGAUUGUGAUCUGGAAGUACCCUCGCAUGGAACAGGUGGUUUCACUGACAGGCCACACUUUCCGUGUCUUGUACCUCGCAAUGAGUCCAGACGGACAGACUGUUGUGACGGGUGCUGGUGACGAGACCCUGCGGUUCUGGAAGAUAUUCGACAAACGUUCCACUCGAGAUUCGAGACGAGAGGUCAGCAGAUUGGCCGAAUGGGGCACCAUUCGCUAA